AUGAGUGCAAUUUUCAUUGGCAGAUUUCUCUCCGGCUUUGCUUCGGCCGUGCCGUCAGUAGUGAUCUCUGGGUCUGUGGAAGAUCAGUUCAAUGCAGAGCAGCGAGUUUGGAUUGUCUUGCUUUGGAAUGCAGCUGCAACGGCCGGGCUUGCAUUUGGACCAAUUUAUGCUUCCUGCAUUUGUGAAACAGCGAGCUGGCGAUGGAUAUUCUACAGUGCUGCUAUUGGCACUGCUCUCAACCUCCUGCUCAUAUUGGGUAUGCGAGAAAGUCGACCUAGUAAAUUGCUUCGGAAAAAAUUAACCUCUUUGUCGAUCGAGUAUCCCGACGCGGACCUAAAGUUCCACUCUGCAGAUCCAUUCCCCGAUCUUACAGCGUUUAUCGAUGUCGUCGUUAUCCGGCCAUCCCAGAUGAUGGUCACGGAACCAAUUUUGAUAAUUGUUUCGAUGCUGAGUGGCAUAUCCUGGGGAAUCAUCUAUCUAUUUUCGGAAUCCAUCACCAGGGCCUACAUUGCUCUUGGACUUGAUGAAUCUAAGGCGACGUUUCCUCUCUUUGCCUUGGUAGUCGGCAUCUGUAUUGGGGCAAUCCCUCAUAUAUGGGAUGUUCGCCACAUACGGAACAAGAAGCGUCAGAAACUGUCCAUUGAACCUGAGGAUAAGCUCAUAGGGUUCGCAUUUGGUACUCCUGCCCUCGCUAUAGGCCUGUGGUGGUUCUACGGGACAACUCCCCCAUCUAUGCAGCAAUCUCACUGGCUGCUUCCCACAGCUGGCCUCGUUUUUGUCGGCCUAGGUGUGAAUGAGAUUGCUUAUACGCUCAGUGGAUAUCUCACUGACACGUAUACCGUCUAUUCUGCAUCGGCCUUUUCGGGACUGGCAUUUGUCCGCGCUUUAGUUUCUGGCAUCAUGCCGUUGAUUGGAUAUACUAUUUUCGACAGAUCGCAAGGAAUGCUGCCUGGCUUUAUUAUUGCCGCCAUAGCAACGCUCUUCUGUGCUGUACCUUUCAUCUUCUUCAAGCUAGGGAAAGCGCUUCGCCUGAAAAGUGGAUUUGCCAAAUAUAGUUUUGAAGUUAACAUGCGAACUCAAGUUGGUGAAGUAUGA